UACCUCAUCAGCCCGCGCGCUCGGCCGUUCUCUCUCUCUCAGCGGCGCUGCCUCUCAGGGUGGCCGCCAUUAGGAACUGACACCAUGCCUGCCCUCAGACCCCUGGUGAAACCUAAGAUCGUCAAGAAGAGAACCAAGAAGUUCAUCCGCCAUCAAUCAGAUCGCUAUGUCAAGAUCAAGCGCAACUGGCGUAAACCAAGAGGUAUCGAUAACAGAGCUCGCAGGAGGUUCAAGGGCCAAAUCUUGAUGCCCAACAUUGGUUAUGGUAGCAAUAGAAAGACGAAACACAUGCUGCCCACAGGAUUCAAAAAGUUUCUGGUCCACAACGUCAAAGAACUUGAGGUGCUGAUGAUGAGUAACAAGUCUUAUUGUGCAGAGAUUGCUCACAACGUUUCCUCCAAGAAUCGCAAGGUAAUCGUGGAACGAGCAGCUCAGCUUGCUAUCAAGAUCACCAAUCCAAAUGCCAGACUGCGCAGUGAGGAAAACGAAUAAAUGGUCUCCUCCUCUGUGUAACUGUAAUUAAUAAAAUACAAAAAAGCCACAA